GAUUAUUAUACAGGGAUCAGUUUUGAUUUCCAAUUGUGGGAGAAAAGAGAAAAUAAUCUCCGGUUUCAGCUGCGUCGACGAGAUCUGUCGUCAGGAUCUCAGAUUUGUUACACUCUCGCUCAUAAUCCGGCGACAUGAGUUCUCCGGGAACGAGUAUGUUCACCAAUUUCACCAAGCUCUGCAAAGGACUUGCUCUGGUGCUUGUCGUGGGUCACGUCGUAGUUCAGUUCAUUCCCGCUACCGUCACAUACCUUGCGCUGAUUCCUGCGAGGACCAUUCCUUUUGCCUGGAAUCUGAUAACAAGCGGCUACUUUGAACUGUCAGUACAUGGGGUUGUCUUCAGCACAGUUUCUCUCCUCUUUAUGGGAAAGUUCCUGGAACCUGUCUGGGGUUCCAAGGAGUUCCUUAAGUUCAUCUUUGUGGUGAACUUUCUUACCUAUCUCUGUGUUUUUGUUACAGCCAUUGCUUUAUACUACAUAACGAGGCUGGAAAUCUACCUAUAUAUGCCCUUUGCAGGUUUUCAUGGUGUUUUGGCAGGCCUUCUUGUCGGGAUAAAGCAGAUAAUACCUGACCAGGAGGUCCUGCUGUUAAAGAUAAAAGCAAAGUGGUUGCCCUCUAUUAUGCUAGUUUUGUCCAUAGCCUCAAGCUUCUUCACAGUAAAUUCAGCAGCAUAUCUUCCCACUUUGAUAUUUGGUACAUAUAUGGGCUGGUUAUACCUCAGAUACUUCCAGAGGAGGCCAGAAACAAAGCUCAGAGGUGAUCCGAGUGAUGACUUUGCCUUCUCUACUAUCUUUCCUGAAUUCCUCAGACCGAUAAUAGAUCCUAUAGCCUCAAUCUUUCAUCGGAUGCUUUGUGGACGAUCAAAUGCCACCAGCGAAGCCCAUGGUUAUUCUACCAGCGGUUAUUCUACCAGCGGUGCUCCAUUACCGGGUUCUGACUCUGCUGAAGCUUCCAGGAGGAGAGAAAGAGGAGCAAGGGCUCUAGAGGAGAGACUUGCAACGGAAAGGUUGGUUCCUCCAAGGAACAAAGAUGAGUUGCAGAGUGAUGCUUUGGAUAGCGUUUAAGUGGAGAUUGCAACUAACUUUUUGAAGAUGCUGUGUGGGUUCUUACUUGUUUUUUAUUUUUUUUAUUCUAUGUUAUGAAAUAUUGACUUCAUACAGAAUCAAUCAGCUUCUCCGUAAAUUCGAUGACAGCUCGGAAAAGUAGCGAAUUUUUCAUUGGACAAAC